UGCUUUUGUUAUUUCAAUUCUAUUUUAUAUACUUUAUACGCUUUUAAUUUUCGAUGUAUGCCUUCCUCAAACAUCAAGACCAUGAUGAGAUUUUGAUUCAUGAAUUGACUCUCCUUACAAUUCGUUUCUGAUUAAAUCCGACAAGCGAUAUAGCAACAACGAUGGAUUUGGCGACCCGCUGCAGGUGCGGGUGUUUAUCAAAAUAAAUCAUCAUUUCUACCUUCUAAUUCCCAUUUUCUGAGUUUCCUAUGUUUGAGCACACAUUAAAAAACAUAUUUAUGCAAGCUUUGAAAAAGUGAGAAAAUCGUCAUUUUGCCCUUGAUCCCCUAUACAAAUCUUCAUUUUAUGGUUUCUCCGCUAAGCAAUACUUUUUCUGGGAAUCUGAUUGGUGGAAAUACCAACAGUUCACGCCAAAACCCUAACAACCAACGGUUUACAUUUCGAUCCUACGCACAAACUUCUCGUAAACAAUUUCUCGAGGCUACGGCCAAAAACUCAAUUGUCAUCGCUACUAGCGAAUUCAACGGUAUGAGCUUCAAAGACAAAAGUUUGAACAAGCACCUUCGAGAUCAGUAUCAUAACGGAUUCGGUCUUCGUACAAGAAAUAUUGGUCAAAAGCAGCACUUUAUCGAAAUCAAUUUUCGGACUUAUAAAGAACGUGAGGAGGCUUUAAACAAAGAGUUCAUCUUGCACGAUCGACGUAUUCAAGUGGAUUGUACUUUUGAGAAAAACUCUACUAUUGUUAGUGUGGGCAUUUCCAACAUUCCUUUCGAGGACGAGGAACUCUUGAAGCCACAACUGAUUGAAAUCUUCCAAGGCUACGGUGGGAUUUUGGAAAUCGGUCUCCGCCAUACCACAGAUGGUUAUUGGUUUACAGGAAAAGGAUUUGUUACUUUGAAUCAGAAGAAAAAUGUCAGUUAUAAGGCAUUGUCACCUCAGAUUCCCGGUUGGGAUGACGACUGUACGCUUCAUUUGGUAUAUUCUAAUAUGAGGCCUAUGUGUAACUAUUGUCAUGUGGAUGAUCACAUCAAAGCCAAUUGCCUAGUCCUGAACAGUCGUAAGAAAAGUUGCUAUCAAUGCGGAAGCACGAAGCAUUUGGGAGCCGAAUGCCCCCUUGCACCUUGGAACCACAAGAGAAAGGUUGCAAAACCUAGCCCAGUGGUUAGCUACCAGGCCAAACCAAUGACUGUUUCCAUCCAAGAUUUUAUGGGUGAUAUCGAAGGAAACACAAAGUCUUUGACUGAAGCCGAACCAACUGUAAUCUCAGUUCCUUCUGAGGCAGAUGAGGAAGUUUUAGAGCAGGAAAAACAAGAUCAGCUUAAGGAUGAGGAAGUGCAAGAAAAGGAAGGUACGGUUGAAAGAGUCGAAACCGAGGAUGUCAUCUCGGACGAACUGAUGCAAGAAUUUGAAAAAGAAGGCUGCAUUCUACUCAACUAUAAAUCACAAGCCUAUCAACCAAUAUGGACUACCAAAUGUGGUUUCAUGAAUAACAACAAACGCCUUCAAAUGGAUCAUGUAAAAACUUCAGACGAUAACUGUAUACUCUUGGCGAAGUUUACAAUCAUUGGAGAAGCUGACAUUCAGCCAUUUUACAUCUUGAGCAUUUACGCACUGGCUUCGAAUAUAGAUAAUGCCCGUAUUCGUUUCUUUCAAAGUCUUGUGGAUUUUAUUGACUCACUUGACUCUCCUCUUGACAUCAUGUUUAAUAUGAUAGUAGUAGGGGACUUCAAUUUCUCCUUUAAACCAACACACCUAUCUGGAUCCCGCUCCUCUCGACCAAAGAAGUUUAUGUUCUUCAUGACUGCAAAUCUCAGUGAUUGUCUCAACUCUAAAGAUGACGACGACUUUUACAACUACAUUCCUACUUUCAGACAGGGAAAGUCAAUGUCAUGCAUCAAUUAUAUAUUUGCAGGUGGGAAUAUACGUCGAUAUGUUUAUGGCGGCGAGCUGGAGUUUCUCUCUCCUACUCACCUCUUUGGUUUAUAAACGCUCUCUGUCAUUCUUAAAGCAAUAGAUGGUUAUCCUCUCCCUUCCUCCUGGGACGGUAGGAAGCUCAUCCUACCUGCAUGUCUGGAAAUCCCUUUUGUUAACCUGUGCCAACCUGGGCAAAUAUAACCUCAAAUCCUGAAUAGCGCAACCAUUCAAUUGCAAAAAGCAUCCUAUUUUCUGAAGAUUGAUCCUUCCUCAGGGUUGCUCUGAUUCAAAAAAAAAAAAAAAAGACAAGAAUGCAAAA